UUCCCCUUUCAAUUCGCCCCGCAGAGUCGUCGCUAACCUCCAAUCUCCAUCCACUCCUCUCCCGUCUCCUCCAAUGGCGGUUGCUGAUGAUCGGCGGGGGCCUCGGGGAUGGGCGCGCCUCCCAGACGAAGUCCUGCGCGAGCUCUACCGCCGCAUCCCGUGCGAGAUCGACCGCCACUACGCGCGCCGCGUCUGCCACUCCUGGCGCGCGGCGCUCGCGAGGCUCGAGCCCCCGGCGCCGCAUCCCCAGGUCCCGUGGCUCCUCCUCCCGGAGACCAACGAGCACGGGCUCACCUUCUCCUGCGUCCUCAGCGAGUGCCGCGCACACCGCUUCUUCCUCCCGAGCGGCGCGCGGCGCGCGCGCUACUUCGGUUCGUACGACGGCGCCUGGCUCUUCCUCGCCGUGGAUGGCCGAGGAGCACAAGCACAAGACCACCUCCUCGUCAACCUCAACAACUUCCAGUACCUCGACCUCCCCAACGCGAUCCUCCUCCACAACUGGUACGAGCCGGACAAGCUGGACCUCAAGAAAGUCGCCAUCGUCGCCGCCGCGCUCUCGCGGCCGCCAACUGAACGAGGAUGCGUCGUCGCCGGCAUCAUCGAACCUUUCCUCUCCGCCCACCGAGUCGCGUUCUGGCGCAUGGGCGAUCGGGUGAUCUCGCCGCAGCCGGCGUGGCCGUUGCCGCUGGAAGAAGUGGAGGACAUCCUGCACUACACCUUCAACCGCAACGGACGGGAGCAUGAAGCUUUCCUUGUCCUCACCACGGAGGAAAACGCGCUUGUGUGCGAACCGAGGUUCCAUGGAUCAAGCGUGCAAGUCCUCUCGAAUUUGGUGCGCUUCAUUCCGCGUGGAUCCGACGGCCAGCCGGUCCUUGCUCGCUACCUCGUGGAGUCCCGCGGGGAAGUUCUCAUGGUCGUCAGGUUAGGCUCUGCGAUUCAGUACGAUCCGUCGGCGGAGGAGUUCAGGGUGUUCGAGAGAAGAGAUUUCAACGACGGCAAGUUCAACUGCAUAUGGAACUCGAUGUCUGAGCUCGAAGGCCGGAUGCUGUUCGUCGGACGAGGCUGCUCAAGAUCCUACGAGGCGGCCGAUGGCCCCGCCAUGGAGGGCGUCUACUUCUUGGAUGACCGGAGCUUCCGCGACCCGAUCUUCCACGACCCCUACGAGCAGCCGAUCUUCCGUCGCGCCAACCGUUGCAGCGACAACGGCAAAUGGUUGGAAGCGCCUUUCAUCCGGCUCGACCGCUGCUUGCCGGAGCGAGGCCCAUCGAAAUGCUCGCCUCCGGUUUGGAUUCUCCCUUGAGAUAAGGCUGUGGCGACGUCGUUCUUCGUUGCUCGAUCGACAGAUCGAGUUAGUUUGUGAUCAUGCCCGGCGUACAUUUCUGUUUCUUGUUUGAGUGAUCUUUGUCGAGUUCGAUGAUGUUCUCAUGUUGAAACUGUUGGGCUGAUUAGUAUUCGAUAGAGUGGCCUGCAUUCUGUUUGUGGUGUAACCUGAAAUCAGUAUACGUUUAGUUCUGAAUUGCUACUGAUGACUUGUUGUUUCAGUGAGAUUCAGAUUCAUCAGGUGUCUCAAUGCAUUCAACUAAAAUUUUGAAUCUGUAAAUG